UGAAAAAUCAAAGGAAAGCAGUUCGCCGGUUCGGUCGUGUUCCCGUGUUCGUCGUGUCCCUAGUGCUUCGAGUCUAUUGUUUCUCAAUCUUCUUAGGUGAUAUAAUUGUGAGAGUGAGUGUGUUGAUUGUGGUACUGAUAUCCCUGGCAAUUUGAAGAGUCCCCCGGCGUCGUAUCAUAAACUCUGAUCCCUUCCUGGCGAUCCCGACGUCACCUCGCCCUUUGGCUUGACCGUUAUGUUUCUUCUUUCCAUUGGCUGCGAUCUGCUGCUCCUUGUUGUCCCGUGAAUUCUUCCGCGCACACACACAAACAUUCACAGUUCGGCGGAACUCGCAGCGAGUUCGUCGGCAAAUUACGCGCCCUCUGCGAAGCAGGUGGUGUAACGGGGCUCGCCGGAAACGUUGGUGGUGCUGCUGGAGCUGGAGCGGCGGGUGCUACCGAGGAGAAGCGCAUUAGCAAGAGCACCGACGACAUUGCCGACGAGGGCGAUAUGACCAACACGCAGCUCUGGUUCCGUGGCGUGCGGCCUUCAAAGUUCCGCCACGUGUACGGUCUCCCGACGCGCAAGGAGUGCUGCUACACCGACAUCAGCGUGGUACGCAGCGGCAACGAUGGCAACUUUUGUGCCGUCAACCCGACGUUCCUCGCGAUAGUGGCCGACACGACGUUCGUCGUCAUCCCGAUCAACCAGACGGGGCGCAUCGAUUUCCAGUGCUGCAAGGUGAUCGGUCAUACCGGGCAGAUACUGGACCUGAAGUGGAACCCGUUCGACGAUCACACGAUUGCAUCGGCUUCGGAUGAUUGCACGAUCAAACUUUGGCGCAUCCCCGAAGGAGGGCUGACCAGCAAUCUGACCGAAUGCCUGACCGAGCUGGUCGGCCACAAGCGCAAGGUGCUGCACAUCGAGUGGCACCCGACGGCGGCCAAUGUGCUGCUGAGUGCCGGCUUCGACCAUCUGGUGUGCGUAUGGGACACGGCCAACACCGAGCGGGCGCUACUGAAUGUGAUCGACUGCCACGUGGACAUGAUCUACAGUCUGGCGAUCAAUCGCGACGGUUCGAUGAUUGCCACCACGUCGAAGGACAAGAAACUGCGCGUCAUCGAACCACGCAGUGGCAUCGUUGUGUCGGAAGGAGUCUGCCACCUGGGAACGAAGUGCUCGAAGGCAGUGUUUCUGGACAGCAACCGCAUCCUGACGACGGGCUUCUCGCGCCACUCGGAUCGCCAGUACGCGGUCUGGGAUCAGCACGACCUAAAGAAGCCGCUCACGCAGGAGGUGAUCGACAGCUCGAGUGGCAUCGUGACGCCAUACUACGACUACGAUACGCGCAUGGUGUAUCUGGCCGGCAAAGGUGAUGGCAACAUUCGCUACUACGAGGUUGUCGACGAGCCACCGUACGUCUACUACCUGAACCAGUUUCUCUCCGGCCAGCCGCAAAAGGCACUCGGUUUUAUGCCGAAACGGGGCGUGAACGUGCACCAGUGCGAGGUGUUCCGGUUCUACAAGCUGCACGCCGCCGGCAACGUGUGCGAACCGAUCUCGAUGAUUGUGCCGCGCAAAUCGACGCUCUUCCAGAGCGACCUCUACCCGGACACGGUCGCUAACGUGCCGGCAAUCGGGGCGAAGGAGUGGUUCCAGGGUCGCAACGUUUCCCCGAUCAUGAUGUCCAUGAAGACGGGUGAAUCAAUUAUGGAUGUAGCCAACAAUAAAUCGAACCAUCACCGUAACAGCACCACCACCGAGUCGGUGGCAAAGGUUCAGCGAACGCAUUCCGUUCACCUGGGCAACGGAAACGCAAACGGCGCCAACACGGUCACCAAUGGCGGUACCGCGUUAAUACAGUCAAAUGGUGUCAACGGAGCGCACCAUCAUCACCAUCACGGGGCGUCGGUGGCCGCCAACGCCAACGGCACCCAGGGUCACCAUGGGCUGAACAAUGGCAACAACAACACACAGCAUUCCCUCAGCAGCACGAAACACUCGCUCAACAAGGAAAACGAACUGCUGGACAAUCGCAAGCUGGACAACAACACGAAAAAGUUUGCCUUCCUGUCGCAACCGACCAUUCCUGAUUAUAGGCCGCAGACGAUUAUCGAAAAGAGCCAAAAAACGUCCACCAACCAGAGUACAAAGUUUCACCAGCUGCAGGCCAUCUUUGGGCAGCAGACGACGAACCACAAGGACAUUGCCAAUCUGCAGAACAACUUUCUCAGCAGCUCGCGCAACAGUUCCCGGAACAGUUCGCUCGAAAACAUCAACCUACUGAACUCGGAGAAUGAGUUGCGGAAAGCAUUCAGCAAGCAAGCGGAUGAGAUCAAGAGUCUGCGCAAAUCGCUGAACGGUUCCGAGAAGCGGGUCCGCGAACUCGAAGCGGAAGUGAAACGGUUGCAGCAGCAGCUGAAACACUGCCAGUAGAGUAACGUCACAAUAAGGCGGGCCGGGCCGGGCCGAACGACCAGCCACGCACAAUGAGAAGACGUCAACACGCCGCCAAAAACCGACGGUUCGAUUCGGUAGACGACGGGAUGGCCGCCCCAACGUGUGGUGUGUGCACGCGCCCGCCUGUUGCCAAAGUGUGGGCAUCUGGCGGAAAAGUAGUGUCUCCCGCAGACAGUUUCAUAUUUUCAACAGCGCGGGCGCCAGCUGCUCUAUUCGAUGUCGCUUUGUGAACACAUUGUGAUUGGAUUGUGAUUAAUUUCUACUUGUGUGUCGCGGACGGAAACCCCGGACAAUUGUGUGUCCCCGGAUGGACCGAAAGGACAAGCGAUUAGGUGUAACGUCGUCGUAGCGUAUUUAUGUUUAGGAAUCGGGAACAGGAAGACACGAUAGCUGUUAAGAAACACAACAGGCGCAGGCAGUCGGGCAGUAUAAACAUAAUCGAACAAAAUAUCUAAAUAGUUACCAACACGUGACUACAGGACAAAAGAUUUAAAAAAAGAGAACAGCCGUCCCAAAACGCGCCCCCCGUGUGGAGCACUGUUUCGGUCGAUUUGCCGAAAAAUUGGAGUACGGGAAAGGCGCAAAAUAACGGGGCAUUUACGCGCAUUUAGACACUUAAACUUUGUACGGUGCCGGGAACCGGUACCGAUAAGUGAAGACACUCUUCAACCGGAUCGUAUAUUGAACUGCUUAUCGUACGCAGCGCUUCUUAUCGCCUUCUGGCUGCUCUGCUUGCAACGUGCUACGCUGGCGAAUUGCUCAGACAAUAGUGCCGCAUUUUUCUAACCUAAGAGGAAACCUUCCAGCGAUAACGCCGAUACAUGCUACGCCAAACGCUAUCCGAACCAAUCCACUAUAUAUGUAUUGCUCUACUAUCAAUCAAUAUGCUGUGCUACUACUGCGACAUACUGCACCCUCCCUGAAGAACCCAAGACGCGCCGCCCCGGUGUGUGCUCGUCCGGCCAAAAAGGCCGCUACAGCUGAUGUCCAGCAGUAGCGGCGUCGUAUUAUCUUGGGAAGCAUUUACAUCUACAGGGAGCAACAUUGUUGGGUGGAAAAUAAAAGUAUACACACGUGCGUGCCGUGGUAUCACGGUUCCGAUGGACCUGUGGCUUAUGAACGGCUUUUAAACACAGGCAUUCGGCAAUGCAAAGCUCUAGACUUAAACACAGUUAAAGACAUUGACAUUAUUUAACUUCACCUUUGAACACGUCAAUAGGCGUUGGGAAUGUAGUAGGCGCUGCUACAGAAGGCUAACAAGAAAAAAUGGCGAAGGUAGGACAUUUAUCACAAACGUUGUGUAAACGCGCAUGAAUAAAAAGGUAA